AAGAGCAUUGUCCACAAACAAGAGCAAGCCAAGGCGCGAAAAGCGCGUGGGACAGCGACCAAGACUGUAAUUCGAGCGAUGCGUACCAAACCCAUCAAGACAAGCAAGCGCGAUACGUUUACCUUUGCCAACGCACGUCUCAGAGAAGCCCACGAAGCUGUCAAUCCGUUUGUGAAGAUUGGCGAGUCAACCAUUCCUGGUGCUGGCCGAGGCAUGUUUGCUGCAAUCGAUAUGCUGCUAGGUGACAUUUGUACCGCGUACGACGGAACCAAGGUUUUCGUGGAGCCAAAAGACCAUGCUUACGCCGGCGAACUGGCCCAAGGAAGACGACAGAGUUCACAGCGGCAGCGACCGAAGAAGAUCCGCGAGCCAAAAGUUGACAGCAAUGGCAACCUCAACGACCCUGCAGCUCAAGUCAAAGUCAUGCAUUUGCGUGAUCAUGUGGCCAACUUUGUUGUUCGAACGGAAAGUAAUCACGCCAUGUUCAGCAACAUCGAGUACGUCCAGCAACAAGUCAAGAUCAACAAUUGGGACCUCAAUUGUUGA